AUGGAUAAACACAACGAAAACGUUAACAUGAGCCACGGGCCGCGUCGUAGGCAGCGCAGGGCGCCACGCCCGAACCAGCCGCAGCGUCCCACACAGCUCAUAAAUAGCACUGUGUCUGUGGACGCUCCGCAGGACCAGGCCCUCUCUCAACAUCUGCUCAGACAGAACCAAGAGCUGAAGCUACAGUUGGAAAGGGAACAGGAGAGGAACCAGGCCUCCCAGGAAGAGCUUCUCACACAAAUAGAGAACCUCAAACUGGAUGUAGAGCGGGAUCCAGGCGAGAUUUGGGCCUUCAAAUCUCGCCACCAGGCUCAGUGCGAACACUGGAUGGAGUACAUGGAGAAUCAGCACAAGAAAGAGCUGGAAGAAAAAGAUAAAGUCAUCAGCAGUUUAGAGGAAAAGGCUGACAACGCUUUUCGUGACCAGGUGCAGGAGGCCAAGGAAGCUGUGGAGGACGAGAUACGCAAUCUGUCUGAAAACAACGCCAAGCUCGAAAUCAUGCUGGACCGUAGAGAAAAGAGAGCACAGAGACUCCUGGAUGCAAUCUCUGAGACGUCCCGACAGAAGGCCGCUCUGAGGGACCAGAUCACAGCUCUCCAACAGGAGCUGCAGCAGGAGCAGCAGGAGAAGGAGUCACUGAGGAGUCAGGUGACCCAACUUCAGUCAGAUCUAAGUGAGAGAGACCAGGCCACAGUCACAGCCCAGAGACAUGUGGAGCAGUUACAGACAGAGACGCAGAAGCUGUCAACAACAGUGGACUCUCUCACAUCUGCCCUGAACCAGGAGAAGUGUCUCACCAGUGAAGCUGAGCGCAAACUGCAGGAGAAGGAGAGAGAGACGCAGAAGCUGAAGACACAAGUGUCCGCCCUAAGAUCUUCCCUGGACCAGGAACAGCAGGCCACCAGAGAGGCCCAGACCUCCCAGAGUGCUCUGCAGCAGCUGGUAGAGGAGCUCAAAGAGAAGCUUCAGACUGAACAGGCGCAAAUAAGGGCCUUCAAAGCACAGUGUGAGAAUGUCCAGAAUGAGCACCUCAAAGAGCUGGAGGCCAAAGAGUGUGAGAUCACUCAUCUGAAACAGCAGAAGGCUUCUGCUUUUCGUGCACAAGUGGAGGAAGCCAGAGAAGCUGUGUGGACGGAGAUCGCAGACCUUAAAGUUGCCAACUUUGACCUCGAGGAAGAGGUGACCGAGCUCAGACAGGCCCUGCACCAGGAGAAACAAGAGACUGAGGCUUUGUGGCGCGAGGUGGAGGAACUAAAGAACAACCAGAUGCAAAAUACUACAGAAAGUCCUGCCUGCGACAGAGACGUCUGGGAAGUCCUCAAAGAGAAGCUUCAGCAGCUCCACCGAGAACAGCUGUGUUCAGAGAAACAGAGCCGGCUGAUCCUGGAGCAGCAGGUCCAGAAGCUGUCUGAGGACCUGACCUCCUCUCAGGACUACAACACUGCUCUGGAGCUCCAGGUUCAUGAGCUCCAGGACGAGGUCAACGGGCUGCACAAGAUGAAGAAGAGGAGGAGUAGGAGUUGGUGGUGUUUCUAA